AUGGCUAGUUGUCCUCGGUACGUAGAAGAGAAAACAAAUGAAGGAAUGGUUCUUAACCUAGCCACGCAGCAUGGUUACAUGGUAUCCACUUCCAACAACUCCAAAGGUCUUUUAGCUGCUAGCUUGGGACGCACUAGCACCUUCAUUCGGAUCCCCACGAAAUGCGAGAGAGAAACCCUAAUAAAUGAUCCAAAACUUGAAGAAAUGAUGAAUAAGGAUGGCUUGACACCUUUGCAUCGUGCGGCAAUGGAAGGUUCUGUUGAUAUCCUUAGGGAGUUUCUUGACAAGGCUCCUUCUUCUUUCCACUCAGUGACACGAGGAAAGAAAGAAACUGUCUUUCAUAUAGCUGCGAGACACAAGAAGAACGAAGCCUUCAUCUUCAUGGCAAAGAGCCCCAAAUUAGACCAACUUCUCUACCAGCUCGAUGGAGAAGGCAAUAAUGUGCUUCACGUCGCUGCCUCCGUAGGCUCUAUUGCUCUUGUAAAUUACAUAAUCGAAGAAACAAAAAUAGAAGUCACUGCCAAGAACAAGAAGGGCUUUGCAGCCAUUGACCUUCUCAACAAAGAUGAUGAAGGUUCCCGUCAGAUAUCUACUGCUCUGAUGUGUGGUCCGGAUUUAUUAAUUGAACACUCUUCAAGUACUAGAGAAGUGGGAACACUUGUGAUCCAAGUAAUUGACGAAUUGAAGCAGCUCCAGAUGCAGAUGCUAAGAGUUCAAAGUAAAGUGACUCCAAACAAAGAAAUGGAGAUGCAACUAGAGGCUUUACAAAACGCUAGAAACACUAUCACAAUUGUUGCGGUCUUGAUCGCAUCGGUUACUUUCACGUGCGGUCUAAAUCCGCCUGGUGGGGUUAAUCAAGAAGGGAAAGCAGCCGCAGGAAGAACCCUAGCUUUCAUGAUCUUCUCUAUAAGCAACAGCAUCGCCUUGUUUACAUCAGUGAGUAUGGUCAUUCUUCUCCUAAGCAUUAUACCUUACAGGGAGGAUUCACUUAAGAAAUUCUUAAUCAUCACACACUGGAUGAUGUGGGUGGCUGUAGCAGCCAUGACAAGUGCUUAUGUCGCUGCGGCAUCAGUCACUUUACCACGGUUUAGAGAAAACAAAUGGUUGGUUCAUGCCACUGUUGCUAUCGCUGGUUUGACACUAGGUGGUAUGUUUAUUUAUCUACAGUUUAAGAUGGCUAGAUGCAUGUUGAGGAGGCUGGUUUUUCGUAAAUGCAUGUCGUCGUUCACUUCAGUACCCAAGAAUGGAUCCUUAGACAUGGCAGCUAAUUCAAUCCAUGGUUACUAUAGCUAUUAA